CAGAGUGCGUCGUGAAAAAGAAGUGUCGUCGCAUCAUGAUCGACACGCCGCGCAUCUGUCAAAGAUCUGUCGUGCAGCAAGAUGGUUUGGUUUCGUGUCCGUUUUCCGCUAGUUAAUUAGCAUUCCGCGCAUGGCCCAUAUCGUGCUUGUUUUACCCCUAUUUCCCCCAUGUCAACAGACCACCGAGGCUGCCAGUGUAUUGUACCGUACAGUACUUGCAUACAUAUACAUACAUAACUUACACGGCGGUUUCUUAUUAUUAUGUAGUGUGUAUCGUACACUGCAUCAUCGUGGCUACAGCUGGUCCCAGAACACCGCUCCCGUGGUUCCAGAGGCAAACCGGGCCGAGUUUAUGAGACAGGCGUUCGUUCACUUGGCUCUUCGUCACUUGGCUUGCAUCUGUUGCAGAUAACCAACUCAACACCCAACCCACCAGCAAUCUCAGCAUCACUGUCUCGCCAUUGACUCUUACGUGAACACAUAACUACACUACACUACAGCCCCAAUCCAAGCCCCCACCCUGGUUGCGCACCCUGU